UAACCGUCGACAUGAAGGUCCUGGCUGUGACUCUAUUGGCUCUGGUAGCGGUCUCUUCCGCGCGGCACAUCGACCUCGAAGAUGUGAUUGAUCUAGAAGUCAUCACUGCCUAUGGUUACCAUACCAAGGUUGGUGGCCCCUUGGCUGAGAAGAUCCGCAUAGCUGAAGAAGAAGCUGCCCGCAAUCCAUCCAGGAUUGUUGGUGGUUCCACUGCCAGUCUCGGUCAAUUCCCAUACCAGGCUGGACUUAUUGCUGCCAUGUCCGGAUGGAAUGGUGUUUGCGGCGGUUCUUUGCUCAACUCCAGAAGGGUACUUACCGCUGCUCAUUGCUGGUUUGACGGACAAAACCAGGCCAGAAGCUUCACAGUAGUACUUGGUUCAGUUCAACUCUACAGUGGCGGUACCAGGAUGACCACCAGUAGUGUUGCCAUGCACGGAAGCUGGAUGCCUAGCCUUGCUCGUAACGACAUUGCUAUGAUCACCUUACCUUCUGCAGUAUCUACUUCCAACAACCUGAACUUCAUCGCCCUGCCCUCUGGAAACGAGCUCAACAACCAAUUCGCUGGUGCAACCGCAACUGCGUCAGGCUUCGGUCUCACCAGAGAUGGUGGAAGUGUUAGCGGAGCCCUCAGUCACGUCAACUUGCCUGUGAUCACCAACGCUGUGUGCCGCAGUACCUUCCCUGUCUUGGUUCAGUCUUCAAACAUUUGUACCAGCGGCGCUGGCGGCAGAAGCACUUGCAGCGGAGACUCGGGUGGUCCUCUUGUUGUGAACAGCGGUGGCAGACGUAUUUUGGUUGGUGUGACUUCCUUUGGACACAUUGACGGCUGCCAGCGUGGUCACCCCGCUGUCUUCGCCAGAGUCACAUCUUACAUCAGCUGGAUCAACCAACGUCUUGGAAAACUUCACAUUUUGCUUACUGCCGUCAACAUGAAGGUCCUGGCUGUGACUCUAUUGGCUCUGGUAGCGGUCUCCUCCGCGAGGAACAUCGACCUCGAAGAUGUGAUUGAUCUAGAAGUCAUCACUGCCUAUGGUUACCAUACCAAGGUUGGUGGCCCCUUGGCUGAGAAGAUCCGCAUAGCUGAAGAAGAAGCUGCCCUCAAUCCAUCCAGGAUUGUUGGGGGUUCCACUGCCAGUCUCGGUCAAUUCCCAUACCAGGCUGGUCUUAUUGCUGCCAUGCCCGGAUGGAAUGGUGUGUGUGGUGGUUCUUUGCUCAACUCUAGAAGGGUACUUACCGCUGCUCACUGCUGGUUUGACGGACAAAACCAGGCCAGGAGCUUCACAGUAGUACUUGGUUCAGUUCAACUCUACAGUGGCGGUACCAGGCUGACCACCAGUAGUGUAGCCAUGCACGGAAGCUGGAUGCCUAGCCUUGUUCGUAACGAUAUAGCUAUGAUCACCUUGCCUUCUGCAGUAUCUACUUCUAACAACCUUAACUUCAUCGCUCUGCCCUCUGGAAACGAGCUCAACAACCAAUUCGCUGGUGCAACCGCAACUGCAUCAGGCUUCGGUCUCACCAGAGAUGGUGGAAGUGUUAGCGGAGCCCUCAGCCACGUCAACUUGCCUGUGAUCACUAACGCUGUGUGCCGCAGUACCUUCCCUGUUUUGGUUCAGUCAUCAAACAUUUGCACCAGUGGCGCUGGCGGCAGAAGCACUUGCAACGGUGACUCCGGUGGUCCUCUUGUUGUGAACAGCGGCGGCAGACGUAUCUUGGUUGGUGUGACUUCCUUCGGACACAUUGACGGCUGCCAGCGUGGUCACCCCGCUGUCUUUGCCAGAGUCACAUCUUACAUCAGCUGGAUCAACCAACGUCUUUAAAUAGAUGAAAAAAUGUACAGUGGAGUAAAUUGACAAUAAUUAUAACAAUUAAAUACUCAC